AUGCGGUGGGACCACACUCAAGAAAAAGUCCAGGAGAACCAGAGUCACUCCACCAGUCCUGCCUGGGGCCCCAUGAAAGUGGCCAACAAUGUCACUGAGUUUAUAUUCCUGGGACUUUCCCAAGAUUCUGGAACGCAAUUUAUGUUCUUUGUCUUAUUUCUCCUCUUCUAUGUCGUGAUCGUGGUGGGAAAUUUGCUCAUUUUGCUUAUGGUCUUUUCUGACCCCCGACUACACACGCCCAUGUAUUUCUUCGUCAGUAACCUGUCUUUUGUGGACAUUGCCUAUUCCUCGGCCACAGCACCCAAGAUGAUUGCAGACUUUGUUUCUGAGAAAAAGACUAUUUCCUACUGGGGCUGUAUAACUCAGAUGUUUACCUUCCACUUUUUAGGUUGUGCUGAGAUUUUUGUUUUGACUGUCAUGGCUUUUGAUAGCUAUGCUGCUAUCUGCCAACCACUCUGUUACACUGUCAUAAUGAGUGCUAAUGCUUGUACUGUGCUGGCAUCACUGUCCUGGUUGGGGGCCCUGGGUCAUUCCUUUGUUCAGACUCUCCUGACCUUCCAGCUGCCCUUCUGUAAUGCUCAGGUUAUAGACCAUUACUUUUGUGAUGUCCACCCAGUCCUAAAACUUCCCUGUGCUGAUACAACUCUGGUAAACAUGCUGGUAGUUGCCAACAGUGGUCUCAUCUCCCUAGGGUGUUUCCUCAUUCUUUUGGCCUCCUACACAGUCAUUCUGUUUAGUCUUCGAAAACAGUCUGCAGAGAGCCGAUGCAAGCUCUCUACCUGUGGAUCUCAUCUGACUGUAGUAACUUUCUUCUUUGUUGCGUGUAUCUUUAUUUAUCUCCAUCCAUCCACUACUUUCCCAUUGGAUAAAGCUGUGUCUGUGUUCUAUACCACCAUCACCCCAAUGUUGAACCCACUCAUCUAUACUCUGAGGAAUGAGGAUGUAAAGAAUGCCAUGAGGCAGCUAUGGAGUAGCAAGAUCUCCUUGAAGGAAAAGCAGAGAGGAUAG